AUGAACUUUGAGGACGUGGCCGUUGCCUUCUCUCAGGAGGAGUCGGGGCUUCUUGAUGAGGUUCAGAGACAUCUGUACUGCGAUGUGAUGCUGGAAGUGUUUGCACUUGUAGCAUCUGUAGGUUGUUGUCAUAAAAUGGAUAAUGAGGAGGCCUAUUCUGAUCAGAGUGUUUCUGUGCAAGGAGAGUCACGUGUCAGGGCUUCUAAGACAGCCCCAGCAACCCAGAAGUCGCAUUCCUGUAAGCAGUGUUUCUCAGUGUUAAAAGAUAUUUUGCACCUGACUGAGUCACAAGCAGAAUACUUUGAGCACAAAUGCUUCUUCAGUGAGGCAUGUCUAAGAGACUUCUGUUUCAGUGAAAACCCUCACCAGCAACAAAAGGAUGUCAGUGGGGAGACAUCCUGCAAAGAAGCUAUGGACGGGCCCUCAUUUGUGACCAGGUGCAGCUUCUACUUCUCAGAGGUGCCUUCAAAGAGCAAGGAGGUUGGGAAAGACAUCCAAGCUCCCUCAGAGCUUCUCCAGCCCCAGGCUUUUCAGAACACUAAAGAACCACACUGUGGCAGUGAGGUUUCACAAGAAUAUCUCAGUGGAAAAGGUCAUCACCAGUGGGGAGAAAGUGAAAUAGCUGCCAGACAGAAACAGAAAGUUGUUGAAUCUCAGGAUGUCUGUUCUGGAGAACUGGUUUAUGAGUGUGACACAUGUAAGAAAGUUUUCAGACGAAAGUUUAAUCUCAUUAUACAUAAGAGAAUUCACACUGGAGAAAAGCCAUAUGAGUGUACAGAUUGUGGAAAGUCCUUCAGUAACAGUUCCACCCUCAUUCAACAUCAGAGAAUUCACACUGGAGAAAAGCCUUAUAAGUGUAGUGAAUGUGGGAAGUCCUUCAGAUAUAAGUCUUAUGUCAAUCAACACCAGCGAGUUCACACUGGAGAAAAACCAUAUGGGUGUACAGGUUGUGGAAAGUCCUUCCGUGAGAGUUCUACCCUCAUUCGCCAUCAGAGAAUUCACACUGGAGAAAAGCCUUAUGUGUGCAGUGAUUGUAGAAAACCUUUCAGAUAUAGGUCUGAUGUCAAUAAGCACCAGCGAGUUCACACUGGAGAAAAGCCAUAUGAAUGUACAGAUUGUGGGAAAUGCUUCAGUAAGAGUUCCACCCUCAUUCAACAUCAGAAAAUUCACACUGGAAAAAAGCCUUAUGAGUGUACAGAUUGUGGGAAAUCAUUUACCCAAAAAUGUAACCUUAUAAGACACCUGAGACUUCACAGUGGAGAAAAGCUUUAAAUGAUUAGGGAAUGUUUCCUUUAUCUUACUCAGAAUAACAACACUGAAAUUGACGUUUCAGUGCACUGGAUGACACCCACCCAGAUGAGGUACAUAGUUAAAGCAGAGUUUAUUCUGCUAUAUUUACGUAUUAUUUAUUUUUCAUACCAACAACUCUAACCCUACAUUUUCCACACUCUACAUUUUCCUCCCUCCCUUUUAUAAUCUGUCUUUCUGACUUUCCCAGUCUUCCAUGCAAUCAUUCAUUUUCCAUCCUUUAGAUUAGUUCAUAUUUUUUAUAAUUUUUUCUGCACUAUAAGGUGUAUACUUUUUUACAAAUACUGCUUUUCUUAAUGCCACAGAUAUUUUGAGAUCCAAUACAAAUUUAUUAUGUGAAUAUUGAAUUUGUUUUAUUGCUGAGUAUUGUGUUCUAUUGGUAACAACUUUAUAUAUUGAGCUCUCUAUAAAAUUGGUUAUUUCCAGAUUUGGGGUAUUAUAAAUAAAUCUGUUUGGAAUA